UCGUUUGUUUUCGUUUUUUUUCUACCUACCGAAAAUCGUAGGAAUAAGGAUUCUCAGUAUUAGUUUUUAUUAAUUUUUUAUCAUGAGGACGUUAUAAUAUUUAUAUCCUAACUAUAGUAAUAAACUAGGAGACUUGAGUAUUAUUUAGGAUGGUCUAUAGUAAGUGAUAAUUGUACAUAACAUGGGUAUCACAGGUUUGAUACCCUUCCUCGAGAAGGCUUCAAGGAGGGCUAAUGUUGGCGAGUUCAGCGGAUGUACAGUAGCGAUAGAUACGUACUGCUGGCUUCAUAAGGGAGCAUUUGCUUGUGCUGAUAAGUUGGUACGAGGUGAAGAGACUGAUGUACAUAUCAAAUACUGUUUAAAAUAUGUGACAAUGUUGCUUUCGAAGAAUAUAAAGCCAAUUUUAGUGUUUGAUGGACGCCACCUGCCAGCCAAAGCAAUGACUGAACUGAAGAGGAGAGAAACUCGUGAUAUAUCAAAGAAAAGAGCUGCAGAAUUACUGAGUUUAGGAAAGAUUGAAGAAGCUAGAAGCUUUAUGCGACGCAGCGUAGACAUCACCCAUGCAAUGGCUCUAGCUCUAAUCAAGGAGUGUCGGAAGCGCAACGUUGACUGUAUAGUUGCUCCGUAUGAGGCUGAUGCACAACUGGCCUACCUCAAUAUUAAGAAUUACGCACAACUUGUUAUUACUGAGGACUCGGAUUUGAUACUGUUUGGGUGCACUAAGGUACUUUUUAAAAUGGACCUCGAUGGCACGGGUACCCUCGUUGAGACAGCGAAGUUGCCGCUAGUGAUGAAGUGCCCCAUAGAGCACUAUCGGUUCGACAAGUUCCGGCGGAUGUGCAUAAUGUCUGGUUGCGACUACCUGGCGUCGCUGCCCGGCAUUGGCCUGGCCAAAGCGAGGCAGUUUGUAACUGCCACGCAAGAUUCGGACUUCGCUAAUGCACUAAGAAAACUGCCGAGCUUCUUCAACCGAUCGAAUUUAACGGUAACAGAUGAAUACAGGGAGAGCUUCCUGAAAGCCGAGGCUACGUUCAAGCAUCAGUUUGUUUACGACCCCACUGAGAGAAAGAUGGUGCGACUCACUGAACCAGAUGAUGAAGAUAUUGAGAUAGCGCUGUGCGUUAACGCAGGUGAACUUUUGGACCCUAAAGUCGCAUUUCAGUUGGCCUUAGGAAAUAUUGAUCCUUUUACAUUAAAGAAAUUGGACAAUUGGGACCCCGAUCAUCGAGAUCUUGCUUCUGAGACAGAUAUAAAAACAAAUAGUUGGAAAGAGAAAGGGAUAGCGAAUCACCCAAGCAUAUGGAGUGCGGAUUUCGUCCAAUAUCUAACUGAGACCCACCCUUGGGUGAAAAAGGUUAAGAAAGUUGAACCAAUCAUAGCGGUGCCUCAAACCAGGCUGAGGAAGAAAGUUGUCACUUUGGUUAGCAAGUUUGUGCCAGAAACGCAGGAUGAAAGCCUAUCCAUAGAAACCUUAAAAAGUAUGUAUUGUAAAGAGCCAGCGAUGAAAAAACAAAAAAUUGAUUCCGAAAACGAUACGCAAUACAUCGAGACUUUCACUGAAGAUGAACACAACAUUGCAACAACUGAAAUAGAAGUAACAAAAAAUCCCACACAAAAAGAUAAAUCACCAAUAUUAGAAAACCGGCAAAGAUCUUUCAAGAAAUAUCUAGAGAAAAGAAGUGACACGAUUUUAAAGAAACUCAGCCGAUUUCCGAGAACUGUAUUAAGUGACAACGUUAUUGAAAGCAAAUUUUUCAAUAAUGAACCUAAUGACUUAAUUAGUAAAGUUGAAAAUUGUAUAACAAUAGAAGAAUCGCCUGAAAAAUGCGCGAAUAAAAAUGACAUAGAAAUAGAUAAAAAAUCGAUAUUGUGUAAUAAAUUAGAAAUCGAUACUCAGUGUUCGCAAAUCGAUUCAUCACAAAGCGAGAAUUGCUUGAGUCCCAAAAAGUGUCAGAAAAGUCCAAUUUUGGAGUUAAGUCCUAAAACUAGAAAUCCAUUUAAGUUGAGGCCUGCACAAUGUUCGGAAAACGAUUCUGUAUUGGAGGUCUCCCAGAAAGAAAAUUCUCUGAGUCCAGAAAUGGAUAAAAUUAGUCCAAAAUCAGAUCCAAACGAUCCGAAAAUUGAUCAAAACAGUAAGAUUUUAGAUAUCAGUCCUAAAAUAAGGAAUCCGUUUAAGUUAAGGCCUAUUGAAAGUUUAUUAGUGGAUUGCAAAGAGAAUUCCUUGAGUCCAAAUAUGGAUAAGAAUAGUCCAAAAAUGGUAGACAAGGGUCCAAUUUUGGAACAAAAUGGCGCAUUUAUGGAAUCUCAAUCGACAUGUGACACAGGGUUCAGUGAAUCUAUGAUAGAGAAUAGUUGUCUGUAUGAAAAUAUGGUAAUUCCAGUGGAUCCUGAGGUAACUAAGUCAUUAUACUUCGACUCGCCAUCGCCACCUAAAGCGGCUUCCCAAUCGUCCCUGGACAAGUUCAAACCUGGCGCUAAGAAGCCGAGAUGCAGGGUCCCGGGUUUGAGGAAGACUGCAUCGCUGCCGUCCAAUCAACCCACUUUGUUGAGCAAGUUUGGCUUUCAGAAAAGGACAGUGUUAAAGAAAUAAGAAGAAUUAUUUUUAUUAUGGCAGUACAACAUUUAAUUAUGGCAUUAUUGUAAGCGUUACUGAAUUGUUUUAUGACAGUGUUUUUUUUACUUUGAAUCUCCGUUGCCACUUUUUUUAAAGUUUUAUUUGAAUACUCACUAAGCUUAAAGUAUCUUCAUUAGUUUUUACGAUAAUACUUGAAUGCGGGUACUACAGUUCCGGAAAAAGAGUUUGGGGGCGCGAUUACGGUAAAUUGACAGCUACAGUAUGACGAUCGCAAUCACCUCUGACUGGCCGAUACUCGCUCACUAUUGGCUAAAAUGCAUUGCAACAAGUAUCUCAUAAAUUCAGCCAAUCACAAUAAUAGUGAUAGUAAUUGAUAGGUACAAGUUUACCAAAAUCGACCUACUGAAUGACGGGGGGAUGUGAACCGUUGUUUCAUCUCUCUUUGAGUCGUAAUACUCAUACCUGACAGUCGUGACUGUUUUGCAUUAACCAGUAGGAGUUUUUUUGGAUAAUGCAGUGGGUUCCAACUUUGAAGGAACCCUUUACGACUCGACUAAGAUUAGAUUUCAAGUCUUAGCUUUUUUGAACGAUUAUUAUCUUUGACGGCUUAAUGUGCUCUCCGAAGCACACACGGUAGAUACGAAAAGGUCAAAAUUCGGAGCUCUGCAGUCGAUCAUCCAUUCAGUUGCCGAUGUUGGUCAACGUUGGUUAACAAUCGCAAUCGAUUGAUAGGUGCUGUCUCAAGACAGAUAGCCCACAUAGAAACCCCCGCGCCGGAACGACAAGGUCAAAAUUGGACCUCUGAAUUCAUUCAAAGGGUUAACAUUGCUUAACGAUCGCAAUUGAUUGAUAUGCGCUGUUUUAACUAGCCCACAUAGACACCUCCGCGCCGUCGCGCCUCUUGUACUAUAUCUCUUGUACUAAUAGAUCGAUAAAUCACCCACUGCGCAGGCUCAAUAUCGGCGGGGUGAUUUGCUAACUCAGUGUUCAACACUGAAUGAUAGAUAUUAGCCACCGAGCUCAUUUGACAUUCAUUUUGAAUCCAGUGAAGGUUUUCUACGAAAAAAUAUUUUUAUUUCACCCAGUGAAGCAGCAGUGUAGAACCAACCAGUGCCAAAUGACCUCGGUUGCUAUUAUUCAGUGUUGAACACUGAGUUAGCGAAUCAUACCGUUGAGAUCCGAUUUUCCGAACGUCAAUACUGCUGACGUCAUUAAAAAUUCAACAUGGCGGAUGAUCUAAGAUGGCGGAUUAUAAUAGUUUUAAAACUUUAAAAAGUGGUGAAGGAAAUUCACCUUGGAAGUAAAUAUGAAUGUUUUUGUUAAGUGAUUGUGUUGUGAUUUGAAAUCAUGUCGACAAAUCGAAACAGAUUGCAUUUUUUGUUGAUUACCUCCAGUUUUAAUUGUGAUAAUAAUUAUUACUUAUUAAUAAUUUAGAAUUAUGAUUGUUUAUAAGAAAGUAAUUAAAAUAAUUGAUGCAA